AUGGGUGAUUUCGAACCUCAAAAGAAUAACUCUACCAGUAGUAGUAAUAACAAGAGUAAAAUAUCGAUAUUAUUGGAUGGAGAUGAUGAUACAUACGAACCACCAUCGAUGGUGGUCAUGGGUAACAACAAUAACAAUAACAACAACAAACAACAAUCACCAGACAUUACAUUUGUUACAAAGCCAAAUAACAAGACAAAGAUGAUACAUUUGGAAUCUGAUUCUCCACCACAACCACCAUCGACCAUGUCACCUUCGUUUGGACUAGUUUCGCCGGGUUCACGUAGCCCAUUUAAUACAUGGGGUCCUACCAUUCAACUACCUCCACUUAAUUUUGGUAAAAAAUCCAUUGAUGGAGUUGGAGUUGGCGUUGGAUCAUCUCCACAUCCACAUCAACAGAUUGUUGUACCACCCAGCAACCAAAUGUCACCAACCUCUUCACCGAGAUAUGGGAUCAAACCAUCACCACUCUCAUCCAUACCUCCUCCAUCCACUCAUCAUAUGCACCAGUCUGUGCCAAUGGGGACAUCGUCGCCAAUACACUCUCCUCGAAACAAUCUCACAUCCAACAACAACAACUCGACGAUGUUCUCUUCUCCACACACCCAAUCACCAUCAUCGAUGCGGUCUCAGAGAAGCGACUCACCACUCCCCAACAACCAUCACCCCCAACACCACCAUAUCAUUGUCGAUGUCGACAAAAAGCAAUCACCUCGUGGCAGUUCCGCAAACUAUCACUUUAAACCUAUCCAACAACAGCAGCAACAAUCACAAUCACAAUCACAAUCACAACCACAACCAUCUAAUAAUAAUCACCAUUCAACGAUAGCAUCUAUAUCGUCUAUAACAUCGUCGUCGUCGGUUGACCCAAUAUCGAUGACAUCAUCACCAGCCUUUGAAUCAAGGGGUGCCUUUUCAACACCCUUUUCAUCGUCACCUAUCAUUGAACCACACCCACAAUACUCGCCUAUCCGAUCAAGAGGUGGUCAUCCAUCGACAUCUGCCUCAUCCAAACCACGAGCACCUAGUUAUCAACUCGAUUCACCACUUUUAUCGCCAAGUACUCCUACCUCACAUUCUAUCAAUGGUGGUGGCGGAAGAUCAUCGCAGAAUCUUCCACAACUCCAACACUUGAUGGUCAGCAGACCUCAAGGAGUCGAUUCUUCUCCAUUACUAUUAUCAACUACAUCCAACAACAACAACUCCUCACCCUCUUUAAACAUGCAAACCUCAUCACCAUCCUUGCAUAGUAGCCCUUCUCACUCAUCAUCAUUACAUUCAAAUAAUAAUAAUAAUCAUUACCAUCCAUACGGUCACCCUCCUUCUCAUCAUCAACAUCAUCAAUCUCAACAACAUCAACAAUCUCAACAACAACAACAACAUCAUCACCAUCUAUCCCAACAACAACAACAUUAUCAACAAUCUCAACAACAUAUACAAUCGCAAUCACCACAAUCACAAUUGUCACCACAAUCACCAGCAGCACAAGUGAAUCAAAAUGGGCCAAGUGUAAAGUAUCGGACCAAUUCACAAUUACAGUUUGAAGGACACCAUAGUGUUGUUGAAAAUAGUAUAUUUGAUAUGACAGUACCAAUACUAAAGGCUGCCUAUGAUAACCAUACCCCAAGUGUAAAAUCGCGUCUACAACAAAACAGUAACGAAGUAAAUUAUCAGUGUAAAUUAAAUGGUUGGACUCCUUUAAUGUUGGCUUGUCAAGGUGCCCAUUAUGAUGUUGUUGACUUUUUAUUAACGAAUCAAAAUAUAGAUGUUGAUAUUCAAAAUAGAAUUGGUGAUACUAGUUUAAUGAUUGCUUGUAAUAACUCUUAUGCAGGAGUUGUUGAACGUCUAUUACAAAAGGGUGCCAAUCCCAACAUACCAAACCAACUUGGUACCACUCCACUUAUGAUUUCCUGUGCACUUGGCGACCGAUCAAUCGUCUUGAUGCUCUUAAACUAUAAAGCAAGUGUAUUGGAUCUUGAUCACAGAGGUUUCUCUGCUUUAAUGUAUACUCAGGUUUAUGGUUAUAAAGUUAUUGUUGGUAAUGAAAUAAGAUCAGGAUUUAAUGGAGAAAUUGUAACUGGAGAUUUAUUAAAUCAAAGAAGAUCAAUACUACAAAUACUGUUGAAUCAUGGUGCAAGGAUAGACACUGCUAGUAAGGAAGACUGGACACCUUUGAAACUGGCAAUCAAACAUGGUCCACUAGACUUUGUAGAGUAUCUCAUUGACAUGGAUGAAACACUCGUUAAAAAGGUGGAUUCUGAUCGACUGGGUUGGAGUUGUCUCAAUCUAGCUAUUCGAUACUCACCGGUUGAAGUCAUUGACUUGUUACUCAAACGUGGCUGUUCUACCCGUCACUGUGUCAAUUCGACGUCGCCUUUGUUGUUGGCCAUCCAAUACAGAAAUGUUGAUGUCGUAAGUCGUCUGCUGCACCACAAGGUUCUCAAUGACAAUGACUCGAUCUAUCCACUCUCCAAACUAGUCGAAUUCUCCGUAGAGAAUAACAAAAUGGAAUUAGCUCGUUAUCUUGCCCAACAAUCUAAUAAUCAAAAUAAUCAAAAUAGUCAAAAUAACCAUAACAAUAAUAAUGGUUAUUAUUCAUAUCACCAAUCACCACAACAACCAUCACAACAACAACAACAACAACAACAACAACAAUCUCAUCAUCAACAACAACAACAUCACCAAUCACCGCAACAACCAUAUCAACCACCACAUCAACAACUUCACCAACAACAACAACAACAAUUAUCCUCCAAUAACAACCCUCCAUCUCAACUUCAACACCACCAUCACAACAAUCCAAAAAAUAAAUUAAUACUAUAA